AUGUCAUCAACAGCCAUCAUACGACUUUUGGGAGAUAUGACAACACAAAUGAAUCGUUAUGCUUCAUUGCCAAUGUUACUACUUGGUUUGAUUGGUAAUAGUCUCAACGUUUAUGUGUUUACACGUAAAGUGUUGCGUAAAAAUCCGUGUGUCAUUCUAUUCUUUUGUUCAACAAUCGCCAAUUUUUUUGCCUUACUUGUCGGUUUACUUGCAAGAGCAACAUUGGGCUUCGGUUGGGACCCAACAGUGUAUAAUCAAGCAAUAUGUAAAUUAAAAGUUUUCGUACUAUUAUCAUCACAAUUCAUAGCCACUUGGCUCAUUACCAUAGCCACUAUUAACCGAUAUUUAUCAAGUAGCCGAAAUGCAAAAGUACGCCAAUAUAGCAGUCAAAAAGCGACUUAUCGGGCCAUUAUGGCUCUGGUCGUCAUUACUUGUAUCAUUCAUGUUAGAGUGUUCUAUUGUUCAACAGCAGAUGUUAGACAAGUCCCACCGUGUACUGAUCAUAGUACAUUCAAAAAUCAUAUAGCUGCUCUGGUAGCCUCAUUUUGUUUCAGUAAAAGAUGA